AUGGGUUGCUGUGGCUGUGGUGGCUGUGGUGGCUGUGGCGGCUGCGGCGGCUGCGGUGGCUGUGGUGGCUGUGGCAGCUGCGGUGGCUGCGGUGGCUGUGGUGGCUGUGGUAGCUGUACCACCUGUACCUGCCGCCGUGUAGGCUGCUGCUCUGCCUGCUGCCCCUGCUGCUGUGGCUGCUGUGGAGGCUGCUGCAGCCCCACCGUUGUCUGCUGCCGUCGCACCUGCUGCUCUGGCUCCUGUGGCAGCUGUGGCUGUGGUUCUUGUGGCUGUGGCAAGGGCUGCUGCCAGCAGAAAUGCUGCUGCCAACAGUGCUGCUCUAAGAAGCAGUGCUGUUGCUAG